AUGCCUUCUACUUCUGUCAUCACUUCUUGCACUGUUUUUGCAGCAAUCACUUACUUGGCCAUGGCGAAUCCUCUCCCUCAAGGUUCAGGCAACAUGGUCUCCAACCCUACCUAUAAUGGACAAGGUCCAGUUGCUUCAGGAAUGGGAGCGGGGAGCAUGGAUUCGGCAGGGAUGGGCGGGAAUGCUAUGGGCAGCAUGGGAAGCGGAAUGGGAACACCUCCAAAAAUUCCAACAGCAUCAACGUCCAAUUCAGCAUCACCUCUACCAAAAAGUCAAGCAAGCAUGAACAUGGAUACCAGCGCUAUGUCCGGAGGGACAAAACCUGCCAACAGCAUGUCACCCAGUCCAAACUCAGCGACUAGUCGCCCAAUUACGGCCGGAGGAAUGGAUCAAUAUACCCCGCAGAAGAACCACACCAGUUACACGCCAGCCGCAAGCGAAAUGGGCUCCUCGGGUAUGGGCACUGACUCGUAUGCUAGUGGAGCAGGCAUGUACGGAAAUAAUAGCACAGGAUCAAAUGGCUCUCCCAACAAACAUGUUCCUGGGACUGGAAAUGCGGUUCCAACUGGAUCAUCUAGCUCUACAGGUCUCAGUAGCUAUUUGCUUGAAGUUACGGGGACUAACAGUUUUAUGAAUCUCAAUGAAUAA